CCGGACCCCAAGAAGAGCACCGCGCGGGGCGCCGGCCGAGACGGUUUGCGUGCGGACUUUCUGGCGGCGGGGCGCUCCGGGGGCUUCCGGCUGCGUGCUCCACUUCCGGGGGCUGGGCGCCCGAGAGUCCCGCAGCCAUGUCGGGCUUCAGCCCCGAGCUCAUCGACUACCUGGAGGGGAAGAUCUCCUUCGAGGAGUUCGAAAGGCGGCGGGAGGAGAGGAAGACCCGCGAGAAGAGGAGUCUCCAGGAAAAAGGAAAAUUCUCAGCGGAAGAAAACCCAAAUGACUCCGAAGUGCCAUCGUCAUCUGGAGUCGGCCCGGGCAGGUCACAGGACAGACUCUCCGGAGAAGGGGAAACAUCAGAUGGAGUCAGCAAGUCAGUUCAUAAGGUGUUUGCUUCCAUGCUUGGGGAGAAUGAAGAGGAGGAGGAGGAAGAGGAAGACGAGGAGGAGGAGGAGGAGGAGGAGACAGCUGAGCAACCCACUGCAGGAGACGUGUUUGUGCUAGAGAUGGUCCUCAACCGCGAAACCAAGAAAAUGAUGAAGGAGAAAAGGCCUCGGAGUAAACUUCCCCGAGCUCUGCGAGGCCUCAUGGGUGAAGCCAACAUUCGCUUUGCUAGAGGUGAACAUGAAGAAGCGAUAUUGAUGUGCAUGGAGAUCAUCAGACAAGCUCCACUGGCCUAUGAGCCUUUCUCCACGCUCGCUGUGCUCUACGAGGACCAGGGUGACAUGGAGAAGUCACUGCAGUUUGAGUUGAUAGCUGCACAUUUAAACCCCAGUGACACUGAAAAAUGGGUCAGACUGGCAGAAAUGUCUAUGGAACAAGACAAUAUUAAGCAAGCUAUUUUUUGCUACACAAAAGCUCUUAAAUCUGAUCCUACUAAUGUCCAUUUUCUGUGGGAGCGAUCAAGCCUGUAUGAACAGAUGGGAGAUCAUAAAAUGGCAAUGGAUGGCUAUAGGCGUACUUUAAACCUUUUGUCUGCAUCUGAUGGAGAGCGCUUCAUGCAGCUGUCUAGAGAAAUGGCAAAGAGUUACUAUGAAGCCAAUGAUGUUACUUCAGCUAUUAGUAUAAUUGAAGAAGCUUUGUCCAAACACCAGAAUCUGGUUUCUAAGGAGGACGUUAACAUAGCGGCGGAACUGUACAUUGCUAACAAGCAGUAUGACAGAGCCUUGGAGGUAAUUACAGAUUUUUCUGGAAUCGUGCUGGAGAAGAAGGCCCCAGAAGAAGACACUGCAGAGGAGAGUGAAGCUGGCGACAGUGUCACCUGCACUGUGCCCGACGGAGUGCCGAUAGAUAUCACAGUGAAGCUGAUGGUCUGCCUUGUCCAUCUCAACAUCCUUGAGCCACUUCAUCCUCUCAUGACAACACUGGUGGAACAGAACCCUGAGGACAUGGGUGACCUCUACCUGGACGUUGCUGAAGCUCUUCUGGACAUUGGGGAGUACAACUCUGCACUUCCCCUGCUCAGUGCACUGGUCUGCUCCGAAAGAUACAACCUUGCAGUGGUCUGGCUUCGACAUGCAGAGUGUCUCAAGGCCUUGGGCUACAUGGAGCGAGCCGCUGAGAGCUACGGCAAAGUGGUGGACCUGGCCCCCCUCCACCUGGACGCACGGAUCUCGCUCUCUACCCUUCAGCAGCAGCUGGGCCGCCCCGAGAAGGCGCUGGAGGCCCUGGAGCCCAUGUAUGACCCAGACACUCUAGCUCAGGACACCAACGCUGCACAGCAGGAGCUGAAGCUGCUGCUUCACCGGUCCACACUGCUGUUUUCACAAGGCAAGAUGUACGGAUACGUGGACUCCCUGCUCACCAUGCUAGCCAUGCUUCUAAAGGUAGCAAUGAAUAGAGCCCAGGUCUGUUUGAUAUCCAGCUCCAAAUCUGGGGAGAGGCAUCUCUAUCUUAUUAAGGUGCCAAGGGACAAAAUAUCAGACAACAGUGACCAAGAGACAGCAAACUGUGAUGCAAAAGCCAUGUUUGCUGUCCUCACAAGUGUCUUGGCUAAAGAUGACUGGUGGAGCCUUCUGCUAAAGGCCAUACACACGUUAUGUGACCUGGCCCGCUAUCAGGAAGCUGAGUUACUCGUGGACUCUUCCUUGGAAUAUUACUCAUUUUACGAUGAUAGGCUAAAACGCAAAGAGCUGGAACACUUGGGUCUUUCUGCUGCAAUUCUGGACAAAAAUUUCAGAAAGGCAUACGACUAUAUCAGGAUAAUGGUCAUGGAAAAUGUCAACAAGCCCCAGCUCUGGAACAUCUUUAACCAAGUCACCAACCAUUCCCAGGAGGUGCGACAUCACCGCUUCUGCCUCCGCCUGAUGCUGAAGAACCCUGAGAACCACGCGCUGUGUGUCCUCAACGGACACAACGCCUUUGUCUCUGGUAGUUUCAAGCACGCGCUCGGACAGUACGUACAGGCCUUUCGUGUGCGUCCUCAGGAACCUCUGUACAACCUCUGCAUAGGCUUGACCUUCAUCCACAUGGCCUCGCAGAAGUACGUGCUAAAGAGACAUGCCCUCGUGGUGCAGGGUUUUUCCUUUCUUAAUCGGUACCUCAGUAUCCGGGGGCCUUGCCAAGAGUCAUUCUACAACCUGGGCCGUGGCCUUCACCAGCUGGGGCUGACUCACCUGGCAAUUCACUACUACCAGAAGGCCCUGGAACUCCCUCCACUACAACUAGAGGGCAUAGAAGUUGACCAGUUAGACUUGCGAAGAGACAUCGCCUACAACUUGUCUCUCAUCUAUCAGAGCAGCGGCAACAUUGGGAUGGCUCAGAAGCUUCUGUACACCUAUUGCUCUGUGUGAAGCCCUCUGAGGAGGAACCACUGGCCGCUACUGUGGACAGACCGUCUUCCCUCUUAGUUCUUAGUAUUAACCCCAGGAUGAAAAGAAUCGUUUGAGAAUGA